AUGUCAGACUGCUUCGACGUUCUCAUCAUUGGAGGUGGCCUCGCUGGGUUGAGCACUGCGUUGAGUCUGGUGCGCUCGCUUCACACAGCCGUUGUGUUUGACUCUCGGGCCUACCGCAACCGUAAAGCAAACUGGCUGCACACUCUUCCCGGCUGGGAUGGUCGUGAUCCUGAGGAGUACCGUGCCGCUGCCCGACAAAACAUUCUUUCCAAAUACAACACGGUCCAAUUCGCGACUGGAGUCGUGAUUGAAAAUGUUAUUCGCGAUGCCGAUGCCGAGUUUCCCUUUACAGCUACCGACUCGAAGGGGCGUAUUUGGCGAGGUCGCAAGCUCGUGCUAGCCAUGGGCAUUCAGGACGUGCCAGUCGACGUUCCGGGAUAUAACGACUGUUGGGCUAAGGGAAUAUUUCAUUGCCUUGUGCAUCGUGGCUAUGAAGAACGUGGCUGUGCGUCAGCGGGCGUUUUAGCUGCGGGCGGUGAUGACAAUCUCAAGGCAGCCCGUCAUCUCUCGCUGCAGUGCCGUCGUUAUACUUCUGGGCCCGUUACCGUUUACACUCACGGAAACCAGGAACUGGCGGCGGAAUGCCGAGAAGCUUUGGGUCCCCUUGGGUUCCGUGUAGAUGCUCGGAGAAUUGUGCGCUUUAUCAAGGAGCCCACUCAGGCCCAGGUUACCGCCGUUUUCGAAGACGACGAGAAGAUGACUGAAGGGUUCAUCAUUCACAGACCGUUACCUCUGAACAACGGCGCUUUUGCGAAACAACUGGGCGUUGAGACAAACGAUUUUGGCUUCUAUAAGACCAACCCGCCUUUCUUCGAGACGUCGGUGCCCGGCAUAUUUGCGGCGGGAGAUUGUGGCGAUCCAUUCAAAAUUGGCACGUUCGCUGUUUCAAUGGGCGCUUUUGUUGCAGGCGGCCUGCAAAUGCAGCUUGAUGCUGGAAGUGGGGGUGCACUAGGCCCGGCCUAUCAAAUUGUCAAGCAGAACUAG